UAUUAUUUUUAUAGACACCACACAUAAAUAUUUUUAUAAUAUCCUUUAUCUUUUAAAAUAAUAGCAAUAGAAAAAAACUAAACAAAUAAUAUUUAAUAAACUAAAAAAGUUUAAACUUUUUUGAUUUUUUAAUAUCAAAAUAUAUUUUUAAUAAAUUAGUUUUUUUUUUUUUUAUAAAAAAUCACAUUAAAAAAAUAAAAUUUUAUUUUAUUUAAAACAAAUCAAUCAAAAUAAUCAUUCACUAAACUAUUUAUUUGUACAGAAAAUUAUAAAAAAAAUAAUAAAAAAAUGAAAAAAAAUAUAUUAUUUAUUGGUAACUUUGUAAAUGAUGUAAUUUUAAUUCAUACAGAUUUAAAAUUAGGAAGAGAAAGAUCUUUCACAGACUUUAUGUCACCAGACAAUCAAAAAGAAUUAGCAAAGCAACCAACACAAAAGGUUAUUAAAGCCGAUGCGUUGGGUGGUUCAGUUACAUAUGGUUCACUUGCAGCUCAUUAUUUUGGUGAUACCAACAGUUUUAUAGUAACAAAGAUGGGAAACGACAUCAAUCAAGAGUUUGAAUCAUUAAUAAAAUCAAAAUUAAUAAAUAAAGAGGGUGAUGAAGGUUCAAUAGAUUUAAGUUAUUCAAAUAUCGAUGAUAAAUCGAAUACAAAAAAUACAAGUUAUUAUUUAAAUUACUAUAACAAUAAAAAGAAUAGAACACUAUCAUUAAUGGAAAAAGGAUUUAACAUUGAAGCAAAAAACUGUAUUAAAUGUAUCGAAGGAGUCCGCCCUAAUGCCUUACUCUUUGUACCAGUAUCUGGGGAAUUUGAUGAAUCAUUAGUCACCGAGACAUUAGACCAUAUUAAAAAAAUGAAUAAAAAAACAAAUAAACCAUUUGUAGACCAUAAUGAACAAGAACAAAAUUUACCAUAUAACCCCGUCAUUGCUUUUGAUGUUCAAGGCUUCCUCAGAUGUUUUAAUGGAAGUCGCGUUACAACACGUCCAAUGCAUAUCAUGAUUCAAAAACUAGUAAAUAUCAAGAUAUCAUUAAACGAUAUGGACGAUAUUGUCACUGUUGUCAAGGCAGAGUAUGGCGAAGCCGCUGCCAUUAUGGGAGAGCACGAUCCUGCUACAUGCGCAAAACUAUUACGUCAAAAUUUUGGCUUCACAAUUGUUGCUGUCACUAUGGGAGGAGACGGUCUUUUCCUUUCAUCAUCCAUCACUGGUGAAAUCUAUAUUCCAACCUUUAAACCUGAAAAGGUUUCAGAUGAAACUGGGUGUGGUGAUACUUUUUUAACAUGUACUGUAUUAGAAAUUUUAAAUUUAUUAAACGAUCCAAGCCAUCAACUUUUCAAUAAUGUAAAUUCAAGUAAUACCAUACAUAAUCAAAAUAAUUAUGAAAAAGACAUUUUAUUAAAAAGAAAUAUAAAAAGAGAAGAGUUAAUUCAUUGUUUACAAGUAGGUAGCUCUGGUGCAUCAUUUUUGGUUGAACAAAUGGGUCCAAAAGGUUUUGCAAAUAGAGACACAAUUAUUGAUAGAGUAAAAAAUGGUAAACAACAAAUUAAACAACAAUAUCUUCAAUUUAAUAAUCCAAUUAUUGCUAAAUUUGAACCUGAACAAGCUAGAAAUGUACCUUCUCUAAAUAGUAAUACCGAAAAACAAAAAGUUUUUAAAUCAACAACCCAUUACAAAUAA